CAAUGGGAGGGCACACCCUGCGUGACAGGCCGUGAGACACGUGAUGCAAGGAAAGGGAGGGGUAGAUCACAUGACUUCAGCUUUUCCCGGUCUCAGCUGGAGAAGUCCACUGCGGGGAUGUGAAGGUCCCCGUGUGAAGUGUAUGAGUUCCCGAGGCCACCAGGCUAUAUCUGUGGGCUAGUGAAUGAAUUUAUACCAGUUGCAGUCAUGAAAUACUCUCCUGAAUGACAUUAGAAGGGCGAAUGGAAUCCAGGCCCUGCGCUCAAAGAGCGCACGGUGUGGGUACACACCCAUAGGCCUAGUUGGCUGGCGCCAGGCCCGGGCUCACACAGCGGGUGUGGCACCCAACCUGGACUAGGGCUCUGAGACUUACUGGAAGAAGGGUCUUUAUAUUUUGACAAACUGAAGCAGAGAGGAGCUCAAUCCUGAUGGCGGAGGUAGAGGCCACCUCACUGAUUUCUUUGGCCUGAGGCAUUUCUUUUCAAUCCUGCCUUUUUACAGCAGAGUAAUCUAACACACAGAGCUCAUAGUCAGUGCUCUUAGAACCAUCACACAUCUUCCCUUGGACUCUGAACACAAGUCCAAGACUGUCGUGAAAGAUCUUGCAGUUCCUGCCUUUCCAACCACAGGGAAAAAUACUUAGGAAGUUUCCUGAUUGACUUUCUGGUUUUUGUACCCAUGGGCUGACACACUGUCUCUCCCACCUGGUCUGCUUGCCAACAGUCCACGUGUUCAUGGAGCAUGCAUUCUAGUGAUCACUGUUAUAUUUUAUUCUCUGUCCCUGUAUCAAUCUCUUCUAUCAAAGGUGGAGUUCCUGGGGACAGGGACAGGAUCUGACUCUUCUCUGUGACUCAAUCCUUAGCACUGGCUUAGAAUUUGGAAUUAAUAAAUUACAGCCCACCCCCCCCCCCCCCCCCCCCCCCAUCACCUUGGCUCACACCAUAACCUAUGUCUUGAAUCAGGGAUUGGAGAAAAUGUCACCAAACCAAGUAGUUCUGUUAUUCCUCAAAUCAAGGUCCUGGAAUUUCGAAGUUCUUUGAGGGAUCCUGAAGGGUAGGAGGCAGUUCCAGCACGUCCUGGGGCUGGUAACUUGAACGGCAGGUCUCAGGUAACAACAGCAGCCUCAGCAUCAAUAAUUGAAAGCAAGUCCAGCCUGCCUAGGGUUCUUCUUCACCCCAAGGACUCCCCCUCCUGUCCUAUGCGCUGAUCUUCCCAAGCAGGAGCGUCCAGCCCAGGGCCCAGGUAGGGACCAUGUCCCCUGCCAUCGCGCUGGCCUUCCUGCCCCUGCUGGUGACAUUGUUGGUGAGGUACCGGCAUUACUUCCGACUGCUGGUUCGCACAGUCUUGCUCCGGAGCCUCCGAGAUUGCCUGUCAGGGCUGCGGAUGGAGGAGCGGGCCUUCAGCUAUGUGCUCACCCACGCCCUGCCUGGAGACCCUGGUCACAUCCUCACCACCCUGGACCACUGGAGCAGCCAUUGCGAGUACCUGAGCCACAUGGGGCCUGCCAAAGGUCAGAUCCUGAUGCGGCUGGUGGAGGAGAAGGCUCCUGCCUGUGCACUGGAGCUGGGCACCUACUGCGGGUACUCCACACUGCUUAUUGCCCGUGCUUUGCCCCCUGGGGGUCGCCUUCUCACCGUGGAGCGGGAUCCACGCACGGCAGCAGUGGCUGAAAAACUCAUCCGCCUGGCUGGCUUUGACGAGCACAUGGUGGAGCUCAUCGUGGGGAGAUCAGAGGAGGUGAUCCCACGUCUAAGAACCCAGUACCAGCUGAGGCGGGCUGACCUGGUGCUCCUGGCGCACCGGCCCCGAUGUUACCUGCGGGACCUGCAGCUGCUGGAAGGCCAUGCCCUGCUGCCAGCUGGUGCCACUGUGUUAGCGGACCGUGUGCUCUUCCCUGGUGCACCCCGCUUCCUGCAGUAUGCCAAGAGUUGUGGCCGCUACCAUUGCCGCCUCCACCACACUGGCCUCCCUGACUUCCCUGCCAUCAAGGAUGGCAUAGCCCAGCUCACCUAUGCAGGGCCUGGCUGAGUCCAGGCGCAGGGGUACUUACGGCUGCCUCCCCCCACCCCUCCCCAAGCACAGACCUCAGAAUAUCCCCUCCCCUCCCUUCCCUGCUUGUGGACUGACACAUGCUGGGCUCAGGGCUAGAGGGGCUCUCCUCCCACCUCUGUCCCCCUCUGGCUCCAUGCUAACCUGAGGCCUCAAGUUCUGUCAGGCUGUUUGAUUCCAUUGGUUCCUCUCCUUGUAGUCCAGAGUCAUGGACUGACAGGCAAGAAGCUUGAGCUCCCAACCCAGCCCUGUCACUGAUUUGCUGGGUUACUCCAUGGGAGUCUCUGCCCUGUUCUGAGAUUUAAUCUGUUCUAAUACCAGAGAAGUUGACUAGGAGAGUUCAGGGGCCUCUCAGUUCUGGGCCUCAGAGAACCUGCCCCCCAGCCUCCCCAACCCCAUGCCAUUUCGGGUGGAAUCAAAGGAAGCAGUAAACACUGAGUUAGAGGGCUGGCAGGAAUGGCUGGGUGCAAUCUGGGCCAGAGGAAAUGGCAGUGAAGCCUCAGCUCACAGCCAGGGC